GAAACAACGAAAAGCGGAGGAUAUAACAGCCCCAAAGUUUAAGAUGUGGAAACGAGGCGGUCGAAGCUUCGCUUUGGACCGAGCUCAAGUUCUGUUGUCUGCAAAGAGGAACAACAGAGGAGGCGUUAAGUCUGUGCAGGGUGCUACAGUACAUACAGGUGCUGUGGAUGGGGCUGUGAAAACCAGAUUUUCUUCCUUAAAUACACACCCUUCAUUAUCAGAUCUGAGUGAACCGUCCUCGGUCAGCUCAGCUCCUGAGCAUGGAGCUGACACAUUGGGCUCUGCUGCUGCGAAGACACAGAGAAGAGACGGCGAUUCUACCAAGGAUCUCAGACCUCAGAGCUCUCUGGGUGGAGGAGGGAGCAGGUUCUUAAAGAAGGCUCCGCCACCUGCAACCAACAGCAGCCAGUCACCUGUCAGCAAAAGCCAAAUUAAGGUGCCUAAACACAGAAAUGCGUCAUCUUCCCAGCAAGGAUCGCAGACUGCUGCUUUGAGAAGACUGGCUCAUAUUGAGAGCCAUAACCACAGUGGCAUGCAGGUUCAGGAACAUUCCAGACAGGGGCAAAAACCUGUUGAGAAUCUAACCUCAGAUGUAGGAAUCUUACCAGCACCAGUUUCCCACUCCCUGGAGGCCCCUGUGCAACUUUCAGCACAGUCCAGCAGUGACACAAGUCUGAUGAGGAAACGUUUCCUUAAGAAUGUGACGACUGUAGCUGUUGACAGUAGUAAAUCUGCUGCUGCUAGGCCUCCAAAAGAAGCAGAUUUUCGUGUCAGGUCCAUAGCUGCUGAUGCCGUAGUUACUUCGGGAGGAUUGGAGAAAAAGUCGGUAAGAGUAGUGAGUGGUGUGAGUCUGGAAAGUGAUGAAGAGGUCAUGAAGAAACUGCUUGGAGACUCGUUGGAUUCAAUAGACAACAAUUUCUCAAUUCCAGGGAGACGUUCUUUCAGAAGGAGAGCAGAUGAGCUGUUGAGCAAAACCAGCAAGAAGGCCUACGCCUCACCUCUUCCCGCUACUAUCUCUCCCUCAUCAUCCCCUGCACCACCUCACUCUCCUGCCUAUCCUUCUCGCCACAGUUCUCCUUUCCAAUUCAUCGGUCAGACUCAGGCUCACUUCAGCCCGUCUGUGCUCUCCGUAUCCCCCUCUCCUUCCUGUGUCUCCCCAUCUCCUCCGUUGAGUCGGAACUCCCCUCACAAGGUGGGGAGUCCACAGCGUCCCCUCUUGUCCAUGUCAUGCCAUGAUGAGGUGCUUUCUCUGGAGGAACUCUUUGUUGGGCCUGACUCUGAAUAUCCCCACAGUGAAAUGAGUGCAGUUACCUCUGAAGACUUAAAAAUAAAUGUGAUGACAUUAGAAGACCUUGUCCCUGCUACCCUUGAAUUUACUGAGGAAACACCAGGAAUAGAGAGAGAAGUCAAACAAAGCGUCCCUCUUCUUGAAUCUCCUAACAGACAUCAACAGCAGUUACGAUAUAAAGAGAAGGAGAAGAAAGAGGAGGAGCAGCAGGAGGGCGCAUUGGACUAUCAAAAUGACUUUGAGAGUGAGAGCAAGACAAAGUCAAAAUACAGUGUCAACCAGAUUUCAGAGCACUUGCAAGAAGAUGGAGAUGAAGAGACGGUGGUACCAGAAGUCAGAGAGGAGGAUUCAGAUGUGUCCUGUGAGAGGACAGAAGAUAAUUACUUGAGCACUUUCUCAGACACAGGUCGCUCCUGCACCUCACAGACCCCAGGUCACAGUCACACAUGCAGAUCGAGGGACUCCAGACUCUCUGUAUCACAUGACAGCCGGAGCCUAACUCGCAAGUCAAGGAGCCAUGCUUUGACAAGACUGGUUUUAAAAGAGGCAGAAGUUCAGACUCAGCCCAUUCAACUGGGUUUAACAAGGCGCGCAGGUAUGGCUACUUUGAGUCCUACAAUGGAUCUCACACCAGUGGUUGCUCACACUCUAAGUGCAGAAAUGGUGGAAGCUCUCAGCACCUUCAACCCAGCUGUAUUUACACUCAAUGAAAUGCUUAAACAGCAACUUGCCAUGACAAGAUGUUUCAUCGAAAGAGGCCGGCAUCUUCACUCCAGCCUGGUGCAAAGCCUGGGACCACCAAACUACAGAUACACCAUGCUGGAGGAUACCAAAGAGUACAUUUGCAAGCACAGACCUCCCAGACUAACAAUGGAGGAAGCUUUGGAAGAGGUGUUGCAGGAGAUGAGAGACUCCCAUAUCUGACCACUACUACCGAAUGUCCUGGAUUACUGAACAACAGACAUUUUCCAUGUCAUUGUUAAAAUAAGUUGUAUACAUAAUUAAAAUAUAUUUUCCUACAAUUGGAAGAAUUACGGUAGUUGUCUAUUAAAAAAUCAGAAAACAGUAAAUUUCUGCGCAAACUUUCCCCCUUUGCAGUGAUACAUUU